AUGAUGAUGGGACAGGAUGAAAGCUCAGUCCGUGUGGCUCUGAGGAUUCGUCCUCAGCUGGCCCGCGAGAAGAUCGAAGGAUGUCACAUCUGUACGUAUGUGAUGCCCGGGGAGCCUCAGGUGAUCCUGGGCAAAGACAAGUCCUUCACCUACGACUACGUGUUCGACAUGGACUCCCAGCAGGACAGCAUCUUCUCCACCUGCACCGAGAAGCUGAUCGACGGCUGCUUCGAGGGAUACAACGCCACCGUCUUCGCAUACGGACAGACGGGUUCGGGGAAGACCUACACCAUGGGGACGGGCUUUGACGUCAACAUCGUAGACGACGAGCUGGGUAUCAUUCCUCGCGCCGUCCACCACCUCUUCAAGGGCAUCGAGGAGCGCCGACAGGCCGCUCAGGAGCAGGGACGGCCUGUACCCGAGUUUAAGAUCAACGCCCAGUUCCUCGAGCUUUACAAUGAGGAAGUUCUGGACUUGUUUGACUCCGUAAGAGACAUGAAGCAGAAAUCUCACAUCAAGAUUCACGAGGACGCCAACGGAGGAAUCUACACAGUGGGAGUGACCACACGGACCGUUUCCUCUGAGGCAGAGAUGAUGCAGUGCCUGAAGCUGGGGGCUCUGUCUCGCACCACAGCCAGCACUCAGAUGAACGUCCAGAGUUCUCGAUCCCACGCCAUCUUCACCAUCCACCUGUGCCAAGUCCGCGUCUGUGCCUCCGACAAUCAAGACAAUGAGACUGAUAACAGAGUGUCCAACGGCAACUCUGAGAUGGACGAGUACGAGACGCUGACAGCCAAGUUUCACUUUGUUGACCUCGCCGGUUCAGAGAGGCUGAAGAGAACCGGAGCGACGGGUGAUCGAGCCAAAGAGGGCAUCUCCAUCAACUGUGGACUGCUCGCUCUGGGGAAUGUAAUCAGUGCUUUGGGCGACCGGAGCAAACGCUCCUCACACGUGCCUUACAGAGACUCCAAACUCACCCGACUUCUACAGGACUCUUUAGGAGGAAACAGCCAAACAGUGAUGAUCGCAUGCAUCAGCCCGUCUGACCGUGACUUCAUGGAGACGCUGAACACGCUGAAGUACGCCAACCGAGCCAGGAACAUCAAGAACAAGGUGAUGGUGAACCAGGACAAGGCCAGCCAGCAGAUCAGCGCUCUCAGGACGGAGAUAGCUCGACUGCAGAUAGAGCUGAUGGAGUACAAGUCGGGUAAACGCUUGGCGGGCGAGGACGGCAUGGAGAGCUUCAGCGACUUGUUCCAUGAGAACUCCAUGCUGCAGACGGAGAACAGCAACCUGAGAGUGAGGGUGAAGGCCAUGCAGGAGACCAUCGAUGCCCAGAGAGCGCGGCUCACCCAGCUGAUCAGUGACCAAGCAAACCAGGCCCUCGCCAGGGCAGGUGAAGGAGGCACUGAGGAGAUUGGCAACAUGAUUCAGGGUUACAUCAAAGAGAUUGAAGAGCUCAGAGCCAAACUCCUGGAGAGCGAGGCCGUGAACGAGAACCUGAGGAAGAAUUUGUCCCGUGCCUCCAACCGUCAGUCGUUCUACGGAGGGCCCGGAUCUUUCUCCACGCCGCUGCUGGCCCCCGAGAAGGAGACUUCUGACAUCAUCGAACUCGCCAAGAAAGACCUGGAGAAACUGAAGAAGCGAGAAAAAAAGAAAAAGAAAAGCGCCAACAAGGAGGAAGUUCCUGACAACGACCAAGAGAAGGGAACCGAGAAGGAAAUGGCAGAGAGAGUCAUCGAGGACGCAGAAAUGGAGGUCCAAGAAGGCAGCGACCACGAGGAGGCAGAAGAAGACGAGGAUGAGGACGAAGAGGAGAUGGAUGUAGAGGAGAGCUCUGAUGAGUCUGACUCUGAGUCCGAUGAAAAAGAGAACUUCCAGGCAGAUCUGGCCAACAUCACCUGUGAGAUCGCCAUCAAGCAGAAGCUGAUCGACGAGCUGGAGAACAGCCAGCGGCGUCUGCACACGCUCAAACAGCAGUACGAGCAGAAGCUGAUGAUGCUGCAGUGCAAGAUCAGGGACACCCAGCUGGAGAGGGACCGCGUGCUCCAUAACAUGACUUCAGUGGAAACCGGCACGGAGGACAAGGCUCGUAAGAUCAAGGCUGAAUAUGAGAAGAAGCUGAGCCUCAUGAACAAGGAGCUUCAGAAGCUGCAGUCUGCUCAGAAAGAGCACGCCCGCCUGCUGAAGAACCAAUCACAGUACGAGAAACAGCUGAAAAAGCUUCAGAUGGAUGUGGCUGAAAUGAAGAAAACUAAGGUUCGUCUCAUGAAGCAGAUGAAGGAGCAGCAGGAGAAGAACAGGAUGAACGAGUCUCGCCGAAACCGAGAAAUUGCAACUUUGAAGAAAGACCAGCGCAAGCAAGAACACCAACUGAGGCUACUGGAGGCUCAGAAAAGACAGCAGGAGCUUAUUCUGAGGAGAAAGACAGAAGAGGUGACAGCUCUGAGGAGGCAGGCCAGACCCACCUCAGGGAAGAUCAUCAGGAAAAUCCCAGAACUGAGCCAGGACUCCUCUCACCGCCCUCCCUCUGGACGUCUGUACUCCUCCGGCAACACUGCUCCAAACGGCACGCGGUCUUCCUACAGGCGUACAGUAGGUAUUUACUCCACCAGGAUCGCCCGUAAUAAAUGGCAGUCUCUUGAGCGACGGAUAAGCGACGUCAUCAUGCAGAGGAUGACCAUCUCCAACAUGGAGGCCGACAUGAACCGCCUCCUCAAGCAACGGGAGGAGCUGACUAAGCGUAAGGAGAAGGUGAUCAGGAAGAGAGGCCGGCUGGACAUAGAAGGACCAGAAUUGGAGAAGGCCAUGCUUCCCCUGAAUGAGGAAGUGGAUGCAUUAACGGCCAACAUUGACUACAUUAACGACAGCAUCGCAGACUGUCAGGCUAACAUCAUGCAGAUGGAGGAGACAAAGGAGGACGGAGACACAGUGGACGUCUCUGCUGUGAUUACUUCCUGCACGCUGGCAGAAGCUCGUUUCCUGCUCGAUCACUUCAUGUCAAUGGCUAUAAACAAGGGUCUGCAGGCGGCCCAGAAGGAGUCUCAGGUGAAGGUGAUGGAGGGCAGGCUGAAGCAGACGGAGAUCACCAGCGCCACACAGAACCAGCUGCUCUUUCACAUGCUGAAGGAGAAAGCCGAGUUCAACCCGGAGCUGGACGCGCUGCUGGGAAACGCUCUGCAAGAGCUAGGUAACAUCCCGGCUGAAAACGGGGAUGAUAGCAGCAGUGAUGAGUCGGCCCAGAGCCCUUCUGCAGAGGGAAGCACCUUGACAUCAGAUCUUAUGAAACUUUGUGGAGAGACCAAAACAAGAAAUAAGGCUCGUAGGAGGACCACCACUCAGAUGGAGCUACUGUAUGCGAGCAGUGACUCCGCCCCCGACGCGCCCACCGCAGACUUCUCCGGUCCGAUGUUACCGUUAGCUGAAACGCCAGAAGGGGGAGGAGACACGGACUCAUCAGGCUCAGCAGUCAGGGACUACACCGCUCUCUCUCCCGGCUUUUCCUCUAAAAUGGGCAGCAUUUCUGGCCCCAGAACUCCGUCAGGGGUGGAAAAGCGAGCGCCGGAGCCUUCCCCGCUCUCUCGCAGGAAGACGUAUGACAAGGCGCAACAAGCAGCCGACAGGGCAAAGGUCAAGGAGAUUAAACAGGGCGUCAUUAACCCGGUGCCAUCCACUAAGAGCAAUCGCUCAUCAACGUUGCAGUGUGCUCAUGUGGCGGAGGGUCACAGUAAAGCUGUUCUCUGUGUCGACUGCACUGAUGACCUUCUCUUUACCGGAUCCAAAGACCGGACCUGUAAGGUGUGGAACCUGGUGACGGGUCAGGAGAUAAUGUCCCUGGCAGGUCACCCCAACAACGUGGUGUCAGUCCGCUACAGCUCCAGUUUGGUCUUCACCAUCUCCACCUCCUACAUUAAAGUCUGGGACAUUCGGGACUCGGCCAAAUGCAUCCGAACACUAUCGUCCUCUGGUCAGGUUAGUGUUGGCGACAUCUGUGCGUCUACCACCAGCCGAACGGUCACCAUCCCUGCAGGAGAGAACCAGAUCAACCAGAUUGCUCUCAACCCCAACGGGACAGUCCUAUACGCUGCUGCCGGAAACUCAGUCAGAGUCUGGGAUCUGCGAAGAUUUGCAUCCACCGGGAAACUUACUGGUCACCUCGGUCCAGUAAUGUGCUUGACUGUGGAUAAGUCCGGAAAGAACCAAGACCUCGUGAUCACCGGGUCCAAAGACCACUACAUCAAGCUGUUCGAUGUGACUGAAGGCUCUCUGGGAAGCAUCAGCCCAACACACAACUUUGAACCUCCGCAUUACGACGGCAUCGAGUCACUGGUGGUCCAGGGGGACAUGCUGUUCAGCGGCUCCCGAGACAACGGCAUCAAGAAGUGGGACCUGACCCGCAAAGACCUGCUGCAGCAAGUCCCGAACGCCCACCGUGACUGGGUGUGCGCACUCGGCGUGGUCCCCGGCACCUCGGCUCUGCUGAGCGGCUGCAGAGGCGGGGUGCUCAAGCUUUGGCACACGGACACUCUGGGGACCAUCGGGGAGCUCAAGGGUCACGACAGCCCCAUCAACGCCAUCUCUUGCAACAGCAGCCACGUGUUCACUGCCUCCGAUGACCGCACAGUGAAGAUCUGGCGUGUGCGCGGUGGACUGGACAGCACCUUAGAUGCGGUUGACAAUGCGGACGAAGUGGCCAGUAACUGAACGCAGCGCCUCCUGCUGGUUUAAUCUCUGGAAGCAACACUAACGGCAUCUUCUGAUGCUGCUGCUGCCCUGCACUUUGACCCCCUAACUUAUCCAACCCAACGCUCUCACACACACUCACACUCACACACACACACACACACACACACACACACUUUUUAGCCAUGUAACCUUCAUGACUGAGCCACAGCAAACACUCAAGUAAUCUCAUCUCAAAAUAAAACGUAUUAACACAGACUCUAUGUACUCAGAGGACGGUAGACAAGUCUUUACUGUAGAUCGUGUUAAGAAGUGAAUGUCAGUAGGGUCACAUUUACUCACUAAACAUGUUUAUUUAAGAGUCCAACAGAUUCAGCUUAGAUUCAGCGCUGUGCCCGGAUCCCACACAUCCACAGACACACAUUCA